GGCCGAGGCUCGCGGCGGAAAAGUUGUGGGGCAGAAAGGAGCGGCCCCGGGACGGGCAGAGAGCGGGACGCCAAGCCGGCUCCCGGCGCCCGCGGUCCCGCCAUGGACGACCUCGACGCCUUGCUGGCAGACUUGGAGUCCACCACCUCCCACAUCUCCAAACGGCCCGUGUUCUUGUCUGAGGAGACCCCCUACUCCUACCCAACUGGAAACCACACAUACCAGGAGAUUGCCGUGCCGCCCCCUGUCCCGCCACCCCCGUCCAGUGAGGCCCUCAAUGGCACGGUUCUUGACCCCCUAGACCAGUGGCAGCCCAGUGCCUCCCGAUUCAUCCACCAGCAGCCUCAGUCCCCGUCACCCGUGUACGGCUCCAGUGCCAAAACCUGCAGCGCCUCUGUCCCCCAGGACGGCGCCGGCCCCCCGUGUUCCCGAGCCGCUGAGGAAGAGCACGUCUACAGUUUCCCCAACAAGCAGAAGUCGGCCGAGCCUUCACCCACGGUGAUGAGCUCCUCCCUGGGCAGCAACCUUUCUGAACUCGACCGCCUGCUGCUGGAACUGAACGCGGUGCAGCAUAACCCCCCGGGCUUCCCUGCAGAUGAGGCCAACUCAAGUCCCCCGCUGCCUGGGGCUCUGACCCCCCACUAUGGCAUCCCAGAGAAUAACAGCCCACUGGGAGGCAAAGCCGGGCCUCUGAUGAAAGAGAAGCCCAAGCGGAAUGGGGGCCGUGGCCUGGAGGAUGUGCGGCCCAGUGUGGAGAGUCUCUUGGAUGAACUGGAGAGCUCCGUGCCCAGCCCCGUCCCUGCCAUCACUGUGAACCAGGGUGAGAUGAGCAGCCCUCAGCGAGUGACCUCCAGCCAGCAGCAGACACGCAUCUCAGCCUCCUCGGCCACCAGGGAGCUGGACGAGCUGAUGGCCUCCCUUUCGGAUUUCAAGUUCAUGGCCCAGGGGAAGACGGGGAGCAGCUCUCCCCCUGGGGGGCCCCCGAAGCCUGGGAGCCAGCUGGAUAGUAUGCUGGGGAGCCUGCAGUCUGACCUGAACAAACUGGGGGUCGCCACGGUUGCCAAAGGGGUCUGCGGGGCCUGCAAGAAGCCCAUUGCUGGGCAGGUUGUGACCGCCAUGGGAAAGACGUGGCACCCGGAGCACUUCGUCUGCACCCAUUGCCAAGAGGAGAUCGGAUCCCGGAACUUCUUUGAGCGGGAUGGACAGCCCUACUGUGAAAAGGACUAUCACAACCUCUUCUCUCCGCGCUGCUACUACUGCAACGGCCCCAUCCUGGAUAAAGUGGUGACAGCCCUUGACCGGACGUGGCACCCUGAGCACUUCUUCUGCGCCCAGUGUGGAGCCUUCUUUGGUCCCGAAGGGUUCCAUGAGAAGGACGGCAAGGCCUACUGCCGGAAGGAUUACUUUGACAUGUUCGCGCCCAAGUGUGGCGGCUGUGCCCGGGCCAUCCUGGAGAACUACAUCUCGGCCCUCAGCACUCUCUGGCAUCCGGAAUGCUUUGUGUGCCGGGAGUGCUUCACGCCCUUUGUCAACGGCAGCUUCUUUGAGCACGACGGGCAGCCCUACUGUGAGGUGCAUUACCACGAGCGUCGAGGCUCGCUCUGCUCGGGCUGCCAGAAGCCCAUCACGGGCCGCUGCAUCACCGCCAUGGCCAAGAAGUUCCACCCGGAGCACUUCGUCUGUGCCUUCUGCCUCAAGCAGCUCAACAAGGGCACCUUCAAGGAGCAGAACGACAAGCCUUACUGUCAGAACUGCUUCCUCAAGCUCUUCUGCUAGGCACCCUUCAUGGUCCCCCUGCCCUGGCCCAGCCUCCCCAACUGCUACUGUGACCCAGAGGCCUUGCCCAGGGGUGAAGGGGCAAACCCAACUGAAACUGGAACCCAUGCCCUCGGCUGGUGCAGGAUGGCGAGAGGCCCUGCUCUUCUUUCCCCUGCCAGAGCCUCUGGGCCUUCCUCCUGCAGCCCUCCCCAGGCUGUCAGCUCUUAGUCCUCCCCGGAGUGGGGGCUGGAGGGCCCCGCCCCGCACCAUGUGUGUCCCCGCCAACCCGCCUGGCCAGGCCAGCACCCCACACUGGAGCCAUCUCUUACUCAUACCUUGGCAGUGGAGCCAGGGGCAAGGGCAGGCAGGGUCAGAUGGGGUCUUUUUUUAUCCUUCUCCCCCCACCCCGACCUCAUUGUCUUUGUCCUGAGAGUAUUGGGGGAUACCGGCUCCCUUCAGACAAUGCCAGCAUAAAUUCAUCUAUCCAAGGGUGGAAGUGUUUGAGGGGCCGCGGAAGGUUUCUUGUGCUCCUGCCCUUCCGGUCUCCCCAGGCCUGGGCCACUGCCCCCCAAACCCCCAUAACUGCUCUGGUUCUACUGAGAAAGGCCUCUCCAGCAAUAAUGUUUUAUAGUCACUUCCUCCGUCUCUGGGACGGUGUGAGGUGGGGAGUUUUCCCCCCCGUGCCUGGACACUGUACCGACUUUGAUAGAUUUCUACACUGAGGUUUGAAUUCCUAUCGUCUGAGUUGCUUUUACUUCUCUAUAUACAAAAUGAUUUUGAAGAGAUUUUAAAGAUGUCCCCUUUUGUACUCUCCUCAUCCAUGGCCACGGGUCCUGUUGGUGACAAUGGCUGUGGUGUGGGGUUUGCCUUGUACUGAGGGCUUGGGGGUGGGGAAGCAAUUUGUAUUUUAUUUUUUCUUAGCACAAGCAGGUGAACUGGGAGCAGCUCUCUGACUCCCCUUCCUUAACUUCACAGCUCACCAGGACCGUUUGAUAAACUGCUGUAUUUUAAAACCCCUUCCUGGAUACUACCUGGGCCAGCAAGCUCUUAACUGAAACUGGCCUCAGGGUGUCUUGCCCUUUGGGGCCUAGAAUUCUGAACCUCAUCUGUCCUAUUCCUGAGGGAGGAGAAGGGGAAAGCACACUUUGGGGGUGCUGAUUCCUGUCCGAGUAAGCCAUCAGGAGCAUUUGCUCCCCUGUGAACUUUUUGGCAGCAAAGAGAACCCACCGAAUAUUCUCAGCCUCCUCAUUGCUUUUCUGUGGCUCUUGUGUCUUCUGAGGAAAGCUGGUAUCUGCUAUUGACCGUGGGUCU